AUGAAACAGUCCUUGGGUGAGGGUGGGGUGCAGGCUGGAAAAGUUUACCUCCCAAGUUCGUUUACCGGUGGACCCAGAUACAUGAAGGUACAUUACGAGAACGCAAUGGGCCUUGUGUCUCGUCUGGGUUCACCUACGUUUUUCCUGACGUUCACCUUCAGUGCUACUUGGGAGGAAAACAAGAAGGCCUGCCCUCACAACAGCGGGCGCAGUGACCCCUCAACAGCCUGCAGAAUCUUCCAGAUUAAACUUGGCGAACUCCUCCGAGAUCUGCGCAGCGGAGCAAUGUUUAGCCGUCCGGCACGUGACAUUGACUCCGUAAUACGCGCAGACAUCCCUUCGGAGGAGGAAGCCGCUGGAAGACUCAGGAAGUUGGUGCUGAAACACAUGAUUCAUGGUCCAUGUGGUACUGACCACCGCACCGACUUCCUGUGCUGGGACUCUGCAAAGGGGCACUGCAACAAGUUCUACCCCAAGCCUGCCUGCCAAACCACCCACGUGGACGAGAGGGGGUUCGUCCAAUACAAACGAGACUACACAAACGAAGGCUUUAUCACAUCACGGAGGAGACAGAUCAAAGUGCAUGAUGGCUGGGUCGUUCCGUACAAUUCCGCAUUACUGCUCAAAUACGAGGCGCACAUAAACUUGGAGCUUGCUUCUACUCGUCGCGUAAUCAAGUACCUCUUUAAGUACCUCAUGAAAGGCGGUUCUCUCCAGAACGUAACCGUCACUCCCCUGGGGAAACAAGAGGAUGAGGUCGAGCAUUACGUGACGAAGAGAAUGGUGGGUGCCAGCGACGCAUGCUGGCGUCUUCUCGACUUUCCUGUGUCAAAGCUCGAGCCCACCGUUGAGUGUCUUCCCGUGCAUUUAGAGGGCAAACAAAGUGUUGUCUUUCGGCCGAGACAGCUCUCUGAUGCAGUCACUCAAGCAAGCUCCAAGCUUAUGGUCUACUUCAAUCGCCCGCACCAUGAAACUUUUGACAAUGUCACGUACCAGACAUUUUACGAGAAGUUCAUGGUGCACACUAAGCGCCCACGUACUGCGGAAUUGUACGAACACCCCGAUGGCCAUCACUUUGUAACGACUCGCCAGCGUGGUGAGAAGGUAUGUAGGUUGAUGUGGGUCUCUCCCAACCGAGGAGAACAAUACUACCUUCGUAUUCUACUUAUGUCUACACCUUGCCGUGGUUACGUUGAUCUUCUGGCUCGUGGCGGUCCUGGUUGCCGGACGUUUCAGGACGUAGCCCGCAAUCUCGGCCUGGUGGAAGACGAAGAAGAAUACAAUCACGCGCUGCGCGAGGCAUCUACGUUUAUGACUGGACCCUAG